CGCAGUCGAGGAAAAUUAAUUGCUCCAAAGGCGUCUUUCUUCAACUAGGUGCUCUUUACCCCCACCCGCCUGCAUCUUUUCUUAAUUUUUUCUUCCUUUUUCCUUUCUUUUCUCUUUCCAACCAAAAUACCCUCUUGAAAAGAUGUACGGGACAGCAACGGGCCCUCAGACGGGCAUUAAUACUCCCCGCUCGUCGCAAUCGCUGCGACCUCUGAUUCUCUCGCAUGGAUCACUCGAAUUCUCCUUCCUUGUCCCGACCUCGCUUCAUUUCCACGCGUCCCAGCUGAAGGACACGUUCACAGCAUCAUUACCCCAGCCAACGGAUGAGCUGGCACUCGAUGAGGAGCCUUCGUCCGUGCCGGAGCUCGUUGCCCGCUAUAUCGGCCAUGUAGCCCACGAAGUCGAGGAGGGCGAAGAUGACGCCCAGGGAACCUACGUCGAGAUCCUGAAAUUGGCCCUCAACGAGUUUGAGCGAGCGUUCAUGCGUGGAAACGAUGUGCACGCCGUUGCUGCAAGCCUGCCUGGAAUCACGAGCAAGAAGGCCUUGGUGGUCCAGUCAUACUACGCCGGUCGCGCGGCUGCAGGACGUCCCACGAAACCAUAUGAUUCUGCGCUCCUUCGUGCUGCCAGCGAAGACCAGGCUAGAAUCUAUACCAUCUUUGGCGGACAGGGCAACAUCGAGGAAUACUUUGAUGAAUUGAGAGAAAUCUACACCACAUACCCCUCCUUCGUUGAGGAUCUGAUCACCAACGCCGCGGAGCUGCUGCAGUCUCUGUCCCGCGAACCGGAAGCGAUCAAGCUGUACUCCAAGGGCCUUGAUAUCAUCCGAUGGCUUCAGGACCGGGAUUCGCAGCCGGAUACCGAUUACCUCGUGUCGGCCCCGGUGAGUUUCCCUCUCAUCGGUCUUGUGCAAUUGGCACACUACACGGUCACCUGUAAAACCCUGGGUAAGGAGCCCGGCGACGUGUUGGACAGACUCAGCGGUACCACCGGUCAUUCCCAGGGUAUCAUUGCCGCCGCUGCCAUUGCGACAGCUACGACAUGGGAGUCAUUCGCGGAGGCCGCCAAGAAUGCCCUGACGAUGCUGUUCUGGAUCGGUCUGCGCAGUCAGCAGGCCUAUCCUCGCACGUCGCUGGCCCCAUCGACGCUGCAGGACUCUAUCGAGAACGGCGAGGGUACACCCACGCCUAUGCUUUCCAUUCGGGACCUUUCCCGAAGCGCUGUCCAGGAACAUAUCGACGCUACGAACCAGCAUCUCCCGGCCGACAGACACAUUGCCAUCUCUCUCGUCAACAGUGCUCGUAACUUUGUCGUUACUGGUCCCCCGAUUUCCCUCUACGGUCUUAACCUGCGGUUACGCAAGGUUAAGGCGCCUACUGGACUGGAUCAGAACCGUGUGCCGUUUACCCAGCGCAAGGUUCGUUUCUCCAACCGCUUCCUCCCAGUCACCGCUCCGUUCCACAGUCAGUAUGUCACCGCAGCGUUCGACCAGAUCAUGGAGGAUUUGGAGGAUGUCAGUAUCCCUGCCAAGGCGUUGGAGAUCCCGGUCUAUGACACGAACACUGGCGAGGAUUUGAGCAAGAAGGGAGACGAGAACAUCGUGGCGGCCUUGGUCCGUAUGAUCACUCAGGAACCAGUGAACUGGGAAAAGGCAACCGAUUUCCCGAAUGCUACUCACAUUAUUGACUUUGGUCCUGGUGGAAUCUCCGGAAUCGGUGCCCUGACGAACCGCAACAAAGAUGGCACGGGUGUCCGCGUCAUUAUCGCAGGCUCGAUGGACGGGACUAACGCUGAGGUCGGCUACAAGCCUGAGCUCUUCGACCGCGAUCAGCACGCCGUCAAGUACGCGGCCAACUGGGUUAAGGAGCAUGGCCCGCGCCUGGUGAAGACUUCUGUCGGCCAGACCUUCGUGGACACGAAGAUGAGCAGACUGCUCGGUGUGCCUCCCGUUAUGGUUGCGGGUAUGACACCCACUACGGUUGCGUGGGACUUCGUUGCUGCGACAAUGAACGCCGGAUACCAUAUCGAACUUGCAGGAGGCGGUUACUACAACGCCAAGUCGAUGACUGAAGCUCUCAGCAAGAUCGAGAAAGUUAUCCCGCCUGGUCGCGGUAUCACUGUCAAUCUGAUCUAUGUCAACCCCCGAGCCAUGGGGUGGCAGAUCCCCUUGAUCGGCAAGCUCAGAGCUGACGGUGUACCCAUCGAGGGUCUGACAAUCGGUGCUGGUGUUCCUUCCAUUGAGGUUGCCAAUGAAUACAUCCAGACACUGGGAAUCAAGCACAUCGCCUUCAAGCCAGGUUCCAUGGACGCCAUUCAGCAGGUUGUCAACAUCGCCAAGGCCAACCCUACUUUCCCUGUCAUCCUCCAGUGGACUGGUGGUCGUGGUGGUGGUCAUCAUUCUUUUGAGGACUUCCAUCAGCCUAUUCUCCAGAUGUACAGCCGCAUUAGAAAGUGCAACAACAUUGUCCUUGUUGCCGGUAGUGGUUUCGGUGGCUCCAAUGAUACGUACCCGUAUCUGACCGGUACAUGGUCCUCCCGCUUUGGCUACCCUCCCAUGCCCUUCGACGGAUGCAUGUUUGGUAGCCGUAUGAUGACUGCGAAGGAGGCCCAUACUUCCAAGAACGCAAAGAAGGCUAUUGCUGACGCCCCCGGUGUUGACGAUGGCCAGUGGGAGAACACGUACAAGGGUCCUACUGGUGGAGUCAUCACCGUGCUUUCUGAGAUGGGCGAGCCCAUUCACAAGCUGGCCACCAGAGGUGUUCUCUUCUGGCACGAGAUGGACCAGAAGAUCUUCAGCCUUGACAAGGCUAAGCGCUUGGUUGAGCUGAAGAAGCAGCGGAACUACAUCAUCAAGAAGUUGAAUGACGACUUCCAGAAGGUCUGGUUCGGCCGCAACUCUGCCGGAGAGACUGUUGACCUCGAAGACAUGACUUACACUGAAGUCGUUCACCGGAUGGUUGAGCUCAUGUACGUGAAGCACGAAUCUCGGUGGAUUGAUGAGUCCCUGAAGCGGUUGACGGGUGACUUCAUCCGACGUAUCGAAGAACGGUUCACUUCUUCCGAGGGACAAGCGUCCCUCCUUCAGAACUACUCGGAGCUGGAUGUCCCAUAUCCUGCCGUUGACAAUAUCCUUGCCGCCUAUCCUGAGGCAUCCACGCAGCUCAUCAAUGCUCAGGAUGUGCAACAUUUCCUGCUUCUUUGCCAGCGCCGUGGCCAGAAGCCUGUUCCCUUCGUGCCGUCGCUCGAUGAGAACUUCGAGUUCUGGUUCAAGAAAGACUCCCUUUGGCAGUCUGAAGAUCUUGAGGCUGUUGUUGGCCAGGAUGUGGGAAGAACCUGUAUUCUGCAGGGUCCUGUCGCUGUCAAGUAUGCCACCACCGUCGAUGAACCUAUUAAGGACAUCCUUGAUGGUAUCCACAAUGACCACAUCAAGGAACUGGUCAAGGAUGCUUACGGCGGUAAUGCCGACCAGGUGCCUGUCGUUGAAUACUUCGGAGGACAGCUCGUGGACGAGUUGGACGAGGAGGUUGAAAUCGAUGGCCUGACCGUGUCCGAAGAUGCCAACAAGAUCGGGUACCGGCUGUCAUCCUCCCCAUCAGCUAACCUCCCGGAUGUUGAUCGUUGGCUGCACCUCCUUGCUGGCAAAUCCUACUCCUGGAGACAUGCUCUUUUCACUGCUGAGGUCUUUGUCCAGGGUCAGCGUUUCCAGACCAACCCAAUGAGACGGAUCCUGGAACCUACCCGUGGUAUGUUCGUGGAGAUCACCGACCCUGACGAGCCGGCGAAGACGGUCAUCAGCGCGAGAGAGCCGUGCCAGUCUGGCAAGCUUGUGAAGACUGUGGAGAUAAAGAUGAACGGCGACAACCAGAUUGCUCUGACGCUGUUCGAGGGACGGACGGCCGAAGGUGGUGUCGUGCCUCUUCCCUUCCUUUUCACCUACCAUCCUGAGACUGGAUAUGCGCCUAUCAGAGAAGUUAUGGACACCCGUAACGACCGUAUCAAGGAGUUCUAUUACCGAAUUUGGUUCGGUGACAAGAAUGUUCCUUUCGACGCCCCUACCACAGCCAUCUUUGACGGGGGCCGCGAAACUGUUACGUCCCAGGCCAUUGCAGACUUUGUUCAUGCUGUCGGCAACACCGGUGAAGCCUUUGUCGACAGACCAGGCAAGGAGGUUUUCGCACCUAUGGACUUUGCCAUCGUCGUUGGAUGGAAAGCUAUCACUAAGCCGAUUUUCCCUCGUAAGAUUGAUGGUGAUUUGUUGAAACUCGUCCAUCUGUCCAACGGAUUCCGCAUGGUGCCAGGUGCUCAGCCCCUCAAGGUCGGCGACGUGCUCGACACCACUGCUCAGAUCAAUGCGGUGAUCAACCAGGAGUCCGGAAAGAUGGUUGAGGUCUGUGGUACCAUCAAGCGGGAUGGCAAACCGAUCAUGCACGUCACCAGCCAGUUCCUCUACCGAGGCGCUUACAAUGAUUUCGAGAACACUUUCCAGCGCAAGGAUGAGGUCCCCAUGCAGAUCCAUUUGGCGUCGACCAAGGAUGUAGCUGUUCUUCGCUCGAAGGAGUGGUUCCACCUGGAUGAGCCUGGUGUGGAACUCUUGGGCCAGACACUUACCUUCCGUCUUCAGAGUCUAGUGCGGUUCAAGAACAAGUCUGUCUUCAGCAGUGUUCAGACUAUCGGCCAGGUCCUCUUGGAACUCCCUACCAAGGAGAUCAUCCAGGUGGCAUCUGUGGAAUACGAGGCUGGCACUUCCCAUGGAAACCCUGUCAUUGAUUACCUCGAGCGCAACGGAUCUUCCAUUGAACAGCCGAUCAACUUCGAGAAUCCGAUUCCGCUCAGCGGCAAGACGCCUCUUGUCUUCCGCGCUCCCGCCUCUAACGAGACGUAUGCUCGUGUCUCUGGCGAUUACAACCCUAUCCACGUCAACCGUGUCUUUGCCAGCUAUGCUAACCUCCCUGGCACGAUCACUCAUGGAAUGUACACCAGUGCUGCGGUUCGCAGUCUGGUAGAGACCUGGGCUGCUGAGAAUGACAUUGGCCGUGUUCGCAGCUUCCACGCGUCACUCGUCGGAAUGGUGCUACCUAACGAUGAUAUCGCGGUGAAGCUUCAGCACGUUGGUAUGAUUGCUGGACGCAAGAUCGUCAAGGUCGAAGCCAUCAACAAGGAUACUGAGGAUAAGGUUCUCAUUGGUGAAGCUGAGGUGGAACAGCCCGUGACCUCAUAUGUCUUCACUGGCCAGGGCUCUCAAGAACAGGGUAUGGGUAUGGAGCUCUAUGCCAGCAGUCCCGUUGCCAAGGAAGUCUGGGACCGUGCCGACAAGCAUUUCUUGGAGAACUAUGGCUUCUCGAUUACCGAUAUCGUGAGGAACAACCCCAAGGAGCUCACUAUUUACUUCGGUGGCCCCCGUGGUAAAGCCAUCCGUCAGAACUACAUGUCGAUGACCUUCGAAUCGGUCAAUGCGGAUGGUUCCAUCAAAUCCGAGAAGAUCUUCAAGGAAGUUGAUGAGAACACCACCUCCUACACUUAUCGCUCGCCUACUGGACUUUUGUCUGCUACUCAGUUCACCCAGCCUGCGCUCACGCUGAUGGAGAAAGCCAGCUUUGAGGACAUGCGCUCCAAGGGUCUGGUCCAGAGAGACAGCAGCUUCGCGGGUCACUCCCUCGGUGAAUAUUCAGCCCUGGCUGCCCUCGCAGAGGUCAUGCCAAUUGAGAGCUUGGUGUCUGUUGUGUUCUACCGUGGUUUGACUAUGCAAGUUGCCGUCGAGCGAGACGAACAAGGCCGCUCCAACUAUUCCAUGUGCGCUGUCAACCCCAGCCGCAUCUCGAAGACUUUCAACGAGCCUGCUCUACAGUAUGUUGUCGAAAACAUCUCAGAGCAAACCGGAUGGCUACUUGAGAUUGUCAACUAUAACGUUGCCAACAUGCAAUAUGUCGCCGCUGGAGAUCUACGAGCUCUCGAUACCUUGACCAAUCUGCUCAACGUUCUCAAGGCACAGAAGAUUGACAUCCAAGCCCUCAUGCAGACGAUGUCUCUUGAGGACGUCAAGGCGCACCUCGUGAAUAUCAUCAACGAGUGUGUGAAGACGACUGAGGCCAAGCCGAAGCCAAUCCAGCUGGAGCGUGGUUUCGCCACGAUUCCUCUCAGAGGUAUCGAUGUGCCCUUCCACAGCACUUUCCUUCGCUCUGGUGUCAAGCCCUUCCGCUCCUUCUUGCUCAAGAAGAUCAACAAGACCACUAUCGACCCGAGCAAGCUCAUCGGUAAAUACAUCCCCAAUGUCACUGCUCGGCCGUUUGAGAUCACCAAGGAGUACUUUGAGGAUGUGUACAGACUCACCAACUCGCCACGUAUCGCGAACAUCUUGGCGAACUGGGAGAAGUACGAAGAGGGAGGCGAUGCCGCCGCACGCCCGGCUGGCUCUACCGCCGCUUAGACGUGUAGUAAUACCCCCGAUCUUUUCUAUCUUCUUUCGAGCCGUGAGUCUCUGGCGUCUGCUUUUUUUUUGCCGCUUAGAACUCUGGACUCUUGUCUUCUAGGCAUCUUUUUCUCUUUUCUGUGACGUGCCCACGUUCUUCGAGUUUGUUGUUCAUAAUUCGGUCAUAAUGAGGGAAAAUGCUUUAUGUAACUAGAAAAAGGGGCCCUAUGCCUUUUUUAUUUUAUGCAGUUAGAAUUUAUGUUUAGAGGGAAUGCUAUGGAUUAUUCAAAAUAACUAGUCAAUUUUCUGACGCUAAUCUCUUAACUGUAAAGAGAAAAGAUUCCGCUACGUGCCGUUUAACCCUCGCUGCUCUUAACUGUUACACUUGCAGCAUUCUAUCAUGGGGCUGGGGGAUCAUAUCUGGAAAUGCAAGUGUUACUAAGAUAACAGCUCUUACUGCAAUUCAGACCAUUGCAGAAGUC